AUGCCUUGGGAGAAGCGGAGAAGCUGGGAAUCGGAGCGAUGGCGGAAGCGGCGGCCGAGAAAGCUUAUUACAGAUUCCUUGUGCUUUUCUUCAACUGUCUCUUGACCUUUGGCUCCUACUUCUGUUUUGACAUUCCCAGUGUCUUGCAAGAACAGUUUCAAGGGAAUCUAACCUGCCCCAACGGAACUCAACACAAUGGCACAGAACAUAAUGCAACAACUGAUUGUGUGGAAGGGCUUGGAAUGACUCCCGAACAAUACAAUCUUCUAUAUGCCAUCUAUGCCUGGACUAAUGCACUGGUGGUGAUUGUGGCUGGCUUCCUGAUUGACAAACUUGGAAAUCGCUUUGGUGUCUUUGUCUUCUCGUUUCUGACUGUCUUGGGAUCGUCCGUUUUUGCACUGGGCUCUCAUCUAAAAGGAACUCCGUACCUCUUGCCUCUGAUGCUAACUGGCAGAUUGCUUUUUGGUUCUGGGAAUGGAUCGCUUACAAUUGUGCAGAACCGCAUCACGGCCUUUUGGUUCAAGGGGAAGGAGCUGGCGCUUGCCUUUGGCCUGACGCUCUCUUUCUCCCGCCUUGGCAGCGUCCUCAACUUCUUUUUCACCCAGCAGUUUGAGAGCCAUUUUGGGAUCCAGUGGACCCUUUGGGGAGGAGCUUUGUUAUGCGUGCUGGGCUUUAUUUCAGCCAUCACCGUUAGCGUGCUGGACAAGGUGGGCACCAAGCAGCUCGGCUUGGAUGGAGUUCUCCAGCAAGAGUCCAAGAAAGUGAAAGUUCAAGAUAUCCGGCACUUACCGCUUCGCUACUGGCUUUUGGUGCUAACUAUAAUGUUCUUCUACAAUGGGAUCUUCCCAUUUGUGGCCGAUGCAAGUAAGUUUAUCCAAGAUAAGUAUCCUGGCUACAGUCAACAGGCAGCUGCAUAUAUAGCUGGAGCGGUUUACGACAGCUCUCUUGUGCUCUCGGCGGCUGUUGGCCUACUGAUUGAUUAUAUCGGGCUGAGGGGCGUGUUUGCUGUUGCUUGUGCGGUGCUCACGUUGCCCGUAUUUGCUCUCUUGGCCUUCACCUUCGUUCCCCCACUAGUCUCCACCAUCUGGUUAGGAAUCACCUACUCCUUUGCAGCCGCCAGCAUGUGGCCUUCAAUUCCGCUCGUGGUUCCUCAAGCAACGUUGGGAACGGCUAUGGGGCUGGCGACAUCCGUGCAAAUGAUCGGUAUCGGACUCUCUAAUGUGAUCGUGGGACGGAUCUUGGGAACAAAGUCCAGUGAACUGAAGAUCCCCUUAUGGCGCUGGCAACAGAUGAUGAUCUUCAUGCUGGCCAACACCAUCGCUUGCAUUGGCACCUCUGUCUGCCUUAACAUAGUAGACAAGAAGCAGGGUGGCACGUUGAACCGCUCGACCAAACGCUCCCCAACUGAGGCAGUGGCCCAACCGUCUGUUGACACAGCUCCCCUUCUCAAUGAGACGGAAGAACCAUCGAUCAACUGAAGAAGAGGCCUUCGGGACGUGGAGUAGAACGUAAAUGAGCCUCAUUCUUCAAUGUGUCCCCCUUUAUUUGGGGGGUUUAAUAAGAAAAUUUAAGGAACGGGGCGUAAAUCCGGUGUAUAGGAAUAGCUGCUUUUCAAGUAGCUGCUUGGUGCUAUGUGUUAACUGAAAAUCUUACACUAUAUAAUUCUACCGCUGCCACAAGUGCCGAGAUGUUUUAAUGUCAAUUUUGAGUUAUUUAACCAUUAAGAUGUCUUCUUUAUUGCGGGAAGUUUUUCUGCUGAAGAGAUUGAAAUAAUUUUCUGUAGAUUUUAAUUGGAUGGAAGGCAGGAAUGUGAAAUUACUCUGUGCAAGCAAUUGUAUAUAUACAAACCUUGCACUUUUUUAAAAAAAGUCCUCUUGCACUGUUAAAGACUAAUAUUGGAUUUCAUCCUUGUAGCACCCAUCACAGCAGUAUUAUCAAAAUCCUUUAUAAUUUUCCUUUUCCAAAAUCAUGAGAUUUUAGGUCAAGGUCUGCCUUCCUCACAGGUCUAUUUCGAUUAUAUUGGCUUCUUUUUGAAAUCUAUUCUGACAGCAUUGAAAAUCCUAAUAUAAUAUAUUCGGGAACUGAGGUAUUAUAGUACAGUGCCAGAUAUUUCAGUUUCCAUUUCUCUUUUUUUUAUUUCUUCUGAAGGAUUCCAAUAGCUCCUUCCUGACCAUUGGGGGAUAUAAAGGCUAAUAUGAACGAUGAUUGAUUUGACUGCAUAAUGGUUAUUGAAAUAUUCUGAAUCUCUUUAGCGCAAUAUCCUUACUGGUAAUUGUGGCCAUAUAAGUUGGUAAUUUGUCAAGAGGGCUGUGUUUAACUUUGCUCUAGAAGUAGAAACGUAAUACCCGUUAAGAUAAUCUAUUAACACUGUUAACUAUAUUCACUUCAGAGUUAAGCGCUCUGGAUAGGCCAAACCCAUCCCAGAGGCAUUUGAUGCUUUGAGCCAGCAGUAAGUAACGUGAUCCAGUUAUGAGUUAGCUUUUGGCUCUGCUGUCCCUCAAGUGGUUAGCUGGCCUUAGACUUCAGAUGUUGCAUAGCAAUUAGAAAAUAUAACCGGCCCAUGCCAAUAACUCUCCCCAGCGAUAUCUAACCAAUUACUGAUGGGAUUCACUGCUUGGUAGGAAAACCUCCAGAAUUUGGAAAAAGACAGUAUUUUGCAGGCAGAUGGUAUACAGGCCUCCCUGAACAUAGAUGGAUGGGUUUCUGUAAAAAUACACAACAGCAUUAUUGACCCUCUUCCUUUAAUCACAUCCCCAUCAAAUUGAAAGCUCAUUUUUAGCCCAACUAGACAACCCACGACUCGGAAGGGACAUCUUCUUGGAGAUAUUUCCCGACCAGGUUUCCCAAUGUCUUCAAAAUCAAACUCAAGAUACAUUCAGAGAUGCAACGGCCUUGAAGAUAGUCCACGUGGGACUGUGUAGAACAAAACACCAAUGCGGAAAAUGCUUUAUGACAUUUUGCACAAUGUUACAAAUGUGAGGAUUCUUACAUUGUAACAGGUUUUAUCACAUUUGCCAAAUUUCAAUCCCAUGAGAAUCGGCCGUCCCUAAUUUGGGACACCUUCUGUAAAGUUAGCCCAUUGGAGGCCCCUUGCUUGAAAACGUUUUGCCCCAUGAUGCAUUCGGUUAAAAGAUUACAGGAACGAGAUGUUCUAUGGAGAUUCUCAGUCAUCCAAGGUCACAGUUGUCCCAAAGGUGCUUUU